AGUGAAGAGUCUUCAUUUGGCCAAAGGAGAGAUCAGAGACAGGAAGGUAGUGACGAGAAACUUCCAUGAGACGCUCAGAAGUCACCACCUGAAUAUCAAACCUGAAUAACCAGGAGAGAUGUAACCUUGGCAUAUUUUCAGUUGUUUUCCUUCUGCCCACGCUGCAGGUUUUUCAGGUCCUUGCUUGAGCGUGCACUCCCUGGCGUAAAUAAACGUGCUAUCAACUGCCUGCGUCAGCCGGCCGGCUAUUUAAGCAGCCUGGCAUCAGCAAACUCGGCUUUCCAACCCAGAGCGUGCCUUUGCUGCUUCCACGCGCGCCAGGACCAUGUCGGCGGAGACCGCGAGCGGGCCCACUGAGGACCAGGUGGAAAUCCUGGAGUACAACUUCAACAAGGUCAACAAGCACCCGGACCCCACCACGCUGUGCCUCAUUGCCGCCGAGGCCGGCCUCUCCGAGGAGGAGACCCAGAAAUGGUUUAAGCAGCGUCUGGCCCAGUGGCGGAGGUCAGAAGGCCUACCAUCAGAAUGCAGAUCUGUUACGGACUAACGAGAUGGUGGACAUCAGCGGCUUCCCUAACGGACAGCAUCUCCUUGGCUCAACCAAGCUGUUUCAGUUUUUCAGUGUAGUGUUGUAUGUUCCAAUGUCAGCUGACCUGCUAUUUAACACAAUGUUGUAUUUUUUUUUUAAAUGUAUAUAACUAGAAAAGAAAUAACAGGAAGCUCUGUGCAGCUUCUGGCUAGGAAAGUGGUGUGGCUUGCAUUUCUCUUCUGUUCAUGAUGAUAGAUGGUUUGAAACCAUCUAACUUCACUUUUCACCAUCAUGUCCUACUAGCAAAUUUACUUUCACUUUCUGUUUCAGAAUAGGUGGGGUCUACAUGGAAAAGAUCAUAUGACCAAGAGGGAGAAACAUUUCUUUCUGUAUCUGUUUCCUAAGUUGUUGUUUUUAUGGUUCAUUGACUACAUUGAGGUUAAGUGGGAAUACAGAGGGAUAUUUGAGUCAUUCAGAUUUUAUAAAGCAAUUUCUCAAUGAAGGCUGUUUUAAUUGAAAAUGCAUUCAGUUAGGCUAGCAGAAAGAAACUCCAACUGGAAGAAAAGCAAGCAAC